AUGACUACUCCUUUAGCCACUCCUCUCUUUACUCCUUUAGCUCUUUCAUCAGCAAGAAACCGCCAAAUCUGUUCCCAGAUCCGAUUCGAUUCGAAACAUGGGAAGAGUUUCGAAUCAAAGUCAAUCCAGAAGCUGAAUCUAUCGAAACUCCGUAAACUCGAUGGACUAAAGAGUAAAAAGUUUCUAAAAAUGGGUUCACAAGAGAUGAGCUUUGAGAGAAAACUCUCGAUUCAAGCCAUGGAUGGUGCAGGAGCAGGAGACACAUCAACGAUCUCUAGUAACGUGUUUGCGAUAGCGCACUUGUUGGUCUCACUUGGGAUCAUACUUGCGGCAGACAUUUUCUUGAAGCAGGCGUUUGUAGCGGCGUCCAUAAAGUUCCCAAGUGCUCUGUUUGGGAUGUUCUGUAUCUUCUCUGUUCUUAUGAUAUUGGAUUCGGUUGUUCCCGCUGCUGCAACAAGUCUGAUGAGUUUCUUCGAGCCUGCGCUUCUGUUCAUCCAGAGAUGGCUUCCUUUGUUCUAUGUUCCUUCUCUUGUUACUCUCCCUCUUUCCGUCAGAGACAUUCCGGCCGCUUCCGGCGUCAAAAUCUGCUACAUUGUAGCCGGUGGAUGGUUGGCGUCUCUCUGUGUAGCAGGUUUCACAGCUAUUGCGGUGAGGAAAAUGGUGAAAACCGAAAUGACGGAAGCAGAGCCUAUGGGGAAACCUUCUCCAUUUUCAACGCUUGAGCUAUGGAGUUGGAGUGGGAUCUUGGUCGUAUCGUUUGUUGGUGCUCUGUUUUACCCUACUUCAUUGGGGACAAGCGCAAGAACUUGUCUCCCUUUCCUUCUUUCUUCAACUGUUCUUGGUUACAUUGUUGGUACUGGGUUACCAUCUUCUAUCAAGUCAGUUUUCCAUCCGAUAAUCUGCUGCGCGCUAUCGGCAGUACUCGCUGCUCUAGCUUUUGGGUAUGCUUCAGGAUCUGGACUUGAUCCUGUUUUAGGGAACUACCUUACUAAAGUAGCAUCAGAUCCUGGUGCUGGUGACAUAUUAAUGGGUUUUCUUGGCUCUGUCAUUCUCUCUUUCGCUUUUUCCAUGUUCAAACAAAGAAAGCUCGUGAAAAGGCACGCAGCUGAGAUCUUCACAUCUGUGAUCAUUUCGACGCUAUUCUCGCUAUACUCUACUGCUCUUGUUGGACGUUUAGUUGGUUUAGAACCAUCUUUAACGGUUUCAAUCCUACCUCGCUGCAUCACCGUUGCAUUGGCCCUUAGCAUUGUGUCACUCUUUGAAGGGACCAAUUCGUCUCUCACAGCAGCUGUAGUCGUUGUGACUGGUCUGAUUGGAGCUAACUUCGUACAAGUUGUUCUUGACAAGCUGCGUUUACGUGAUCCAAUUGCUCGGGGAAUCGCAACUGCUUCAAGUGCUCAUGGACUGGGAACAGCAGCUUUGUCGGCUAAGGAGCCAGAGGCUCUUCCCUUCUGUGCAAUUGCUUAUGCUCUCACCGGAAUCUUUGGAUCGUUACUCUGUUCCGUCCCUGCAGUCCGGCAGAGUUUGUUGGCAGUCGUCGGCUCAGGAGUGAUGACGUGA